UUUCUCAUUAAUUUCCUCAGCGUCGUCAGUGACGUUGAGUUCUCGCCUUUGUUUAGACGUUUUCAAACUUUGUCUCAAAUGUUUCUAAUGACAGGGACAUGGACUGAUGAUAUUCCUUCUUCAAAAUGAUUAUUCGACUAGUUCUGGUGUUAGGGUGUAUGUCUCUGUGUGUCGCUGCGUGGAGUGUAGCAGGGCCUUUCAUCUGCUCUCAACAGGGUUUGGAGUGUAAAGUCACCAUUUCAGUUGACUGUCUGGACAAGGGCUGGCUGAAAGUGUAUGAGUACACUCCCAGCCAUCCAGAGGACCUGCAGGUCUCUGUGGACACCAGGGGGGACGAGUCAGGACACCUGCAGCCUGUACUGGAGGCCAGCUGGAAGUUGAAGGAUGAUGGUGGUAUUCGUGACCUCAACGCCACCGAGCUUAAUGUUAUGAUGUUGUCAACCAACGCUAACGUGUGUGUGCGAUAUUCUUUAAAAAAACAACUGGCAAUGAGAAGUCCAUCAGGGGAAAAGUGGUCGUUCUCAGCUAACAUGCUGGUGCUGGACCCGGGUCAGACAUACCAGGUCUCCGUCUUCAACAUCCCCAAACCAGAGAUAAACCAUAGCAUCUACGACGUCAGCAAAAUGGUGGUCGUUCCUGGAUGUCAAGAUGCUAAAAUGCAGAUGACCCGUUUUUGCAUCGAGAGAGGAAGUCUGUGGAGGCCUGGCAUCACUGCAGUCAGCAGAGAAUCUACACUGGCUGUGAGCUUCACUCCUGACCCACUCUGUGAGGAGUACAUAGUCAUUGUUAAAUGCUUCAGUAUCAUUUUUGAUACCCAUACAUACAAGGAAAAUCAGACGACCCUGAAUGCAACAUUCAAACUUGACAAUUGGCCGAAAACUUGCUGCCAGUUUGUCAUUGAGAUCAAACCUAUAUUCCUACAAUGUGGUACGGACUGUGCCCGUAAAAGGAGAAAUGUGGAUAUUUGUCCUGGUCCUUCGACAGUGAAGCCAACAGAAGCCCGCAAUGUCCAAGUGUACGCAUUUGUCAUUGUGGGAGUGGUCUUUUUCUGUGUCGUGCUGACCGCUAUGACGUGCCUUCUCUGUAGGAAGCCAAAGAAACCUGCUGUUAUUGCGCCACCUGUGGGAGAUGAAAGACGUCAACCACAGCAGCUUAAACAACCUCCCAAGGUGCUGAUCAUCUACUCCCAAGACCACCGCCUCUACAGGGACGUGGUGCUGAAACUGUGCGCCUUCCUCCAGGCCCAGUGUGGCACCGAGGUGCUGGUGGACCUGCUGGACACCACCUCCAUCGGCGUGGUCGGGCGCAUUCGCUGGCUCGAGUGGCAGCGACAACAGCUCAAAAAUCCUUCCGACAAAAUCCUGGUGCUGUGCUCGCGAGGCGUUCAGGCCAAGUGGAGGGCCAUGUGCGGCCAAGGUCGGGUGAAACUGAGGGAAGACGUUCUGUCCCCCACCGACGACAUGCUCACUCCUUUCCUCAACCUCUUCCUGCCUGACAUGCAUCACACGGGCAUGCUGGGCAAGUACAUGGUGGCGUACUUCAAUGACAUCAGCGGGGAGCAAGACGUACCGUCAGUUUUUGACAUCGGCGUCAAGUACAAGCUGAUGAAGCAUUUCGAGGAGCUGUACUUCCGCAUCUUAGACGUUGAGAAAUAUCAGCCGGAUCAGGUCUGCCACAUCAAGGGCAUCGGGGCGGACGAUUACUCUGACUGUCCCUCGGGUAGGGAUCUGAAGUGUGCCGUUGAAACCUUCCAGGCCUACCAGUUGGACAACCCUGAUUGGUUUGAGAAGGAGUGUGUGGACGAUGAGGAGGAGGUGAUAACUGAGGCCAGCCUGCUCAUCGACCAGCUGCAGAUCCCUCCUGUCCUCGAGUGUGUUCCUCUAAUAAGAGAUGGGCUCCCUGUCUUCAUCAAUGAGGUAGAAAUCAAUGAAAAUGGAGUAGGUGUUCAUGUCCUUACACCUGAACUGAACCCCCCACGCCAGAUUUGGUCAGUGGCAGAACUUACACCAGUAGUUAACCCUGAGUGCAGACGUCUGUCAACCCUGGAUGAAGAGUCGAUGGAUCACCUGUACCGUCGCAGCCCCAGGCCAGAAUCUGUCUACACAGUUGAGCCAGUUGUGAACAAUCCACAACCGCCAAGGCAGAACUGGGUCUCCCUCGAGGAAAAACCCUUCAGUCAAAAUCCCACUGAGGAUGAGGAAGGGGAUUACCUGCUACCCAUAAGCCAACCCUCCUCUCAUUCGGACCAGAGAAGUUUGGCCUUACAGAACUCCCUGGUUAUAAAACCUCAAGACUCCUCUUGUACCAGCAUGCAGAGUGUACAUUUCCCUCCGUCUGAAGCCGUCCUCUCUCAGCCAGUGGAGAUGGAGGAAGACGAGGUUCUGGAGCCCGCAGGAAAGGGUCCUAACAGUGGGUCUGAUCAGGGCUACAUCUCCAAGAUGUCCUCCCAGAAUGAAUCAGCUUCAAAAGAGGAUCCAAUGGAGGCCCUGAGAAGACUGCAGGAGCAGCUGUUUGACAUAGAGUCCUGAAGAGAACUUGUGCUCUCAGUUCAAAGUCUAAGUUAAAAGUACAAAAUCCUCACUGACUUUAACCGACACCACGUGCACAAUCACAACGUAGGAGGGCGUAGGCGCGCCGGAGACAGAGGUAUUUCUGGGGUGUGGGGCAUGUUACAAAUCCUAUGUUUGCUGAUGAUUUUCUGAUCACAAUAACCAAUUGAGUAUUUAUAUGUUGUUUGAUCAUAACAAAUGAAGACAAUUGAACAAGGUCAUGCCUUGAAGGGACAAAUAAGUGGACACUUGGACGUACAUGUAGAUCUGUUCAUAUCCAAUAAAUUGUGUGUUGUUUGAUCCAUGUUUGCUGAGACCAGAACAUUAUAAACCUAAAUCAAGAGAUUGAAGAAGAAAGAUGACUUUUGUUACAUCUUCUUAAACUCCUUCCAAUCAGUUGGGACAAUUCUGAUUGGUCAGUAUUUAAAGCAGGGAAAUCACUUGAGAGUCUGUGAUUGGUUAGGGAUUGAAAACAUGUGCCAUUUCUGUCUCACUUCGUGUAGGCACUCUCACAAAGAGAGCUUUGAAAUAACACAUUUAAUUAUAGCCACCAACAAGUUCAUUUUUGUAUCUUUCGUAUUUUUGUAUGUUUCUUACUGCACUUACUAGUUAGACUCCUCAAUAGGUUGGACAUAUAACUACACACACACACACACA